AUGGCUACAAAUGGAGAUCAGCAAGCCACCCCAAAACCACCUCCAAACCCCUCACCUUUAAGAAAUGCCAAGUUCUUUCAGGCCAAUAUGAGAAUUUUGGUUACUGGAGGAGCUGGAUUCAUUGGCUCUCACCUAGUGGACAAAUUGAUGGAAAAUGAAAAGAAUGAGGUGAUUGUUGCGGAUAAUUACUUCACUGGCUCAAAGGACAACCUGAAGAAAUGGAUUGGUCAUCCAAGAUUUGAACUUAUUCGUCAUGAUGUCACAGAGCCUCUGCUAAUUGAGGUUGACCAAAUAUACCAUCUUGCCUGCCCUGCUUCUCCAAUCUUCUACAAGUACAAUCCUGUAAAGACAAUAAAGACAAAUGUCAUUGGUACAUUGAACAUGCUGGGACUUGCCAAGCGAGUUGGAGCAAGGAUUUUGCUUACAUCUACUUCGGAGGUGUAUGGAGAUCCUCUUAUUCACCCCCAGACUGAGAGCUAUUGGGGAAAUGUGAAUCCAAUUGGAGUUAGGAGUUGCUAUGAUGAGGGAAAGCGAGUUGCUGAAACAUUGAUGUUUGAUUAUCACAGGCAGCAUGGGAUAGAGAUAAGGAUUGCUAGGAUUUUCAACACUUACGGACCUCGCAUGAAUAUUGAUGAUGGUCGUGUUGUCAGUAAUUUCAUAGCCCAAGCUAUCCGUGAUGAUCCCUUGACUGUUCAAGCUCCUGGGACACAAACGCGGAGUUUCUGUUAUGUGUCUGACAUGGUUGAUGGCCUUAUUCGACUUAUGCAAGGAGACAACACUGGACCGAUCAACAUUGGAAAUCCAGGUGAAUUUACAAUGAUCGAGCUUGCCGAGAAUGUGAAGGAGCUCAUCAAUCCUAAGGUAGAGAUUAUAAUGGUUGAGAACACGCCGGAUGAUCCUCGCCAGAGGAAGCCUGACAUCACAAAAGCGAAGGACCUGCUGGGAUGGGAACCGAAGGUUAAGUUGCGCGAUGGUCUUCCCCUCAUGGAGGAUGAUUUCCGCACAAGACUUGGUGUCCCCAAAAACAAGUGA